AUGGGCACGAUUGUUUACCGGAAGAUGACCCUGGAAGAGGCGAAAUGGAAGUUUCCCGAGCUAAGAAAGGUGGUGCGGAUGGGGGGGGAGUGUAGCCCGGUGGAGGUGCCUGUGACCUACGGCGAGGUGCCUGGUGCUUCUGAUGCCGAUGUGCGGGAGCGGGAUGAGGGAGCUGAGCGGGCUACCGUGGAUAGGCCGACACCGGAGGAGUGGAACGUUGACGUUCAAUGGGAAGAUGUGGAAGAGCUAUGGAGUUAUGAUGUGCACCCGACGCAGGGUGCGCGACCGACAUCUUUGGCGAGCACCCUCAUCAUGCUUGUGCACGCUGGCGCAAACGGAAACUCCCAUUUCAUCGGUGGAUCCACUUCUUGGGCCAACACCGACACGGAGACUGGUUACCAUUGUGAGAGGGAUAAGGUGGAAUUGCCAUCGGAUCAAGUGGAUGAUGUGGCAGACGCAGUGAUAAAAGAUGCGGAGGAGUGGAGCGACGAUAGUGAUGAGUGGUGGCUAGCAGGCCACUAUGACGGGGAGGAAGUGGAGGUGUGGGUGGCAGGAGUGCAAGGGCUGACAGCAGCGGUGCAAGGGCUGACAGCAGGGGUGCAAGGGCUGACAGCAGGGGUGCAAGGGUGGAAAGCAGGGGUGCAAGGGUGGAAAGCAGGGGUGCAAGGGGGAGAAGCAGGGGUGCAAGGGUGGGAAGCUGGGGUGCAAGGGUGGGAAGCAGGGGUGCAAGGGCGGAAAGCAGGGGUGCAAGCGUGGGAAGCAGUGCAUAGGGGGUAUGAGGGGACUGUGGGGUAUGAGAGGAGUUGGGCGUACGAGGGGAGUGCGGGGUAUGAGAGGAAUGGGGAGUAUGAGAGGAGUGGGGGGAGUCCACUGUAUGGAAUGAGUGGGGGGUAUGAGAGGAGUGGGGAGUAUGAAAGGAGUGGGGGGUAUGAGAGGAGUGGGGAGUAUGAAAGGAAUGGGGGGUAUGAGAGGAGUGGGGAGUAUGAAAGGAGUGGGGGGUAUGAGAGGAGUGGGGAGUAUGAAAGGAGUGGGGGGUAUGAGAGGAGUGGGGAGUAUGAAAGGAAUGGGGGGUAUGAGAGGAGUGGGGAGUAUGAAAGGAGUGGGGGGUAUGAGAGGAGUGGGGAGUAUGAAAGGAGUGGGGGAGGAUGGGGGGGGAAGCAGGGAAGGGGAUGGGGGGAAGCAGGGAAGGGGAUGGGGGGAAGCGGGGAAGGGGAUGGGGGGAAGCAGGGAAGGGGAUGGGGGGAAGCAGGGAAGGUGAUGGGGGGAAACAGGGAAGGGGAUUGGGGGAAACAGGGAAGGGGAUGGGGGGAAAGUAGGGAAGGGGAUGGGGGGAAGCAGGGCAGGGGAUGGGGGGAAGCAGGGAAGGGGAUGGGGGGAAGCAGGGAGGGGGAUGGGGGGAAGCAGGGUAGGGGAUGGGGGAAAGCAGGGAAGGGGAUGGAGGGAAGCAGGGAAGGGGAUGGGGGAAAGAAGGGGAGGGGACGAGGGGAAGCAGGAAGGAGGGAGGGGGGAAGCAGGAAGGAGGGAGGGGGGAAGCAAGGAGGAGGAAGGGGGGAGUGGCAGGGGUGUAAACAAGCCUGGGGAAGUGAGGUCGACGAGGAGAGGGAGUGGGGGAAGUACCCGCUCUCACCCUCUGUCCUUCCCCCUCUGUGCCCCUCCCCCUCUUAUCCUCCCCCUCCGUCCUUCCCCUUCUGUCUCCCCCCCUCUGCCCUUCACCAUCUGUCACUCCACCUGUGUCCUUCCCCCUCUGUCUCUCCCCCUUUGCCCUUCCCCCUCUGUCUCUCCCCCCCUGUCCCCCCCCCUGUACCUCCCCCCUCUGUCUCUCCCCAUCUGUCCUCCCCCCUCUCCCCCUUGUACUUCCCCUUCUGUCCUUCCCCUUCUUUCCUCCCCUCUGUCCCUCCCCCUCUGUCCCUCCCCCUCUGUCCCUCCCCCUCGUUCCUUCCCCUCUGUCCCUCCCCCUCUGUCCCUGCCCCUCUGUCCCUCCCCCACUAUCCCUCCCCUCUCGUCCCUGCACUUUCGUCCCUACCCCUCCUUCACUCCCCCUCUUUCCCUUCCCCUCUGUCCCUCCCACUUUGUCUCUCGCCCUCUGACAAGUGGGGGGGAUGCUGGUGGUGUGCGGGGGGGAAAGGAGGCGGACAAGUGGGGGGAAUGCGCGUGGUGUGA